CUACUUCCUUCCACAAAUUCCAUCCUCUCAUCUUGUCUACAUGGCACAACAAGUUGAGGGCAACCAUCCAACUCUGCUCAUAGAUGAAGAUGGAAAUUUCAACUCAAAAUUUGUAGAUGAUCUGAAACUGGCUGCCGUGAGCCGUCCCGUUGCUGUUGUCUCCGUCUUUGGCGUGCAAAGUACCGGAAAGAGCACACUAAUGAAUUCUCUGCACUCUACUAAAUUCAAAGUGAUGGAUGCCAGCCAGGGAAUGCAUCAAACGACAAAAGGUAUUUGGGUGGCAAAAUGCCCAUUACCAAAUCCAAAUGGUGGCCAUGAAAUCCUCGCUAUUGAUACGGAAGGAAGUGAUGGAUCAGAGCGAGAGGAUGAUACGAAGUUUGAGAAACAAACUGCACUAUUUUGCUUGGCUGUUUCAAACACCGUCAUAGUCAACAUGAAGUGUUAUACUGUUAAUCUUAAUAAUGGAGGGAAUCGGCCACUCUUACGAACUGUAUUUGAGGUAAGCAAUUUUCAUGGCUCAAUAAUUCGUUGGUGCUUGUGGUAUAGUAUUAUCUCUAUAACACUGUACUCCUCAGGUACUGAUUAGAAAAUUUUGUACUCCACGUAAAGUGAAUCUAGUGUUUGUUCUCCGUGACAAAAACAAGGUAUAGAUUAUUAAUUCUUUUUCUAUUUCCUUGAUAUUCCGUUGAUUAAUGAACUAGUGCUUAAUCACAACAAUUCAUCUUAUAAAUUGUUUGAAUCUAGUGCCCUCUGCAUAAGUUGGAAGA